GAUUACCCAAAUUAUAAACCAGAAAAUGACGACUACAACAACCUUUACCAGGGAGCAGAAUAUUUGGAAGGUGAAGAUGGGGAACUGUCGUGGUUCAAUGCCGGUGUCAGGGUCGGUGUUGGAAUUGGCCUAAGCGUUUGUCUUGGAAUUGGGAUAGGAGUGGGCUUGCUGGUUCGAACCUACCAAGGAACCACCCGAAACUUCAGAAGACGACUACUAUAAUCUAUAUCUUCAUUGUUCGCCAACCAAACAUCAUCUAUUAUGCUCUGUUAUAAUCUAAAAGCCUGCUAACCUAACGGGUUCCUGAAUGUAGGCUUUCCUUGGUUUUUUAGAACAGUUGAGAGGCUUUGGUCUGAAAUAAAUUGGUAACCUUGUUUGAAGGUACUUUCCAUGAAUGUGGGAAUUUUCCUGAGAUUUCCUGCACUUGAGAUGUUGUAGGACAUAGCUUGUUAUUGCAACACGAUCCUCUUUGUGUAGCUAUUGUACGUAGCAGACUCUGACGUCUAGUCACUAAAUUUUUUCGUUUUUGUUUUAGUUCAUGAAGAUGUCAAUAGUAAUAAGUUUUGGUAAUGGAAACAGAUUCAGAGGCCCCUUCGAUGGCUUUGUUAAUAAAUGUGACACACUUGAAUCA